AUGGCGGGAGCCAAGGAGCAGAAGAAGUCGGCGAAGAAGAAGGACGCGUCUGCGAAGAAGACGAAAGCGAAGUCCGCACCCUCGAAACCAUCAGUAUUGAGCGAAGAGAUGGUGGUCGAUUCGAGCAGCGAUGGAGAGAUCGAGCCUGUAAAAGCACCACCUGCUUUUCCAAAAGGGGAAGUCGGAGACUCGUCGGACAGCAGUGAGGAUACCAGCAGCGACAGUGAGCAGGAGGAGCAAGAGAAGGCUGCACCAAUACCGAAGAAGCCAGAGGUCACGCUAGCGAAGGUCAAUGGCGUAAAGCGCAAGUCGGAAGAGGCAGAGAGCUCUGGCAGUGAGGAGGAUACCAGCAGCGAUGAUGAGGUUGAACAGCCUCAACCCAAGAAAGCAAGAACAGAUGCUGCGUCAAAGAACACAUGCGCCAGAGAGGAGUCUACCACAGCCGCCGAGUCUUCAAUCAGAUCGAUACCUGCUCCGCCAUUCCUGCCUCCUCCUGGUUAUGCUGCCCUGGGAAGCGUCGAACCUGACUCUGGCUCAAUGCUUGACCAGUCAUCUCUGAAUGGGAAGCAGAUCUGGCACAUCACUGCGCCGUCCAACGUGCCUCUCACAUCUGUCACCGAAAUCGCUCUAUCCUCGCUCAAGGACCAGACACCAGUCAUCAAUCACAAAGGCGUGGAUUAUGUUCUUGCCAGAACAAAGGACCGUAGUGCCACGCAGUAUGAUAGUGUCAUGCUGCCGAGUACUGCGGGCUACACAUUCAACGGCAUGAAGAUUGAAGAAACACUUCAUUUGCAGCAGAAGAUCGUACUGCCCAAUCUGAGCAAGAAGCAGGCGGAUACCCUCACCGGAAGUCGAGCAGCAGCAGAUAUCGCUCAGGCGCCCGUGAGUGACGCCAGACCACAGCCGAAGGGAUUGAAGAUGAGAUACAGGCCGGCCGGGUUCGGGAAGGGUAACCCUGGGCUUGGAUCAGACACAGAUGAGAAUGAGGAUCAGGUUGGAAGAACUAAAGGUGACAGGUUUCAAUUUCCGAAGGCGCUUGGUGUGCAUGGAGCAUCAGACAAGCCAGAUUCGAGUGCAACCACGUCAAAAGAGAAAAGCAAGAAAAAGCACCAGAAGAGGAAAGAUCCGUACGAUGUCGAUGUUGAAAUGGAUGAUGCAGACCCUAUGAUGCCGCCUCCCUCAGCUCAGCCACAGAAGAAGGAGAAGAAGAAGAAGCAUGAGCAGGAUGGGGAGGCGCUGGAAAAGGUGGAGACUAUGACCUCUCAGCAGUCGGGUGCCAGUGGGCAAUCGCACGAGAGGAAUGGCGCUGAGAAGAAGGAGACGCCGGAAGAGAGGGCUAGACGGAAGGAGGCGAAGAGGUUGAAGAAAGAGGCGAAGAAGGCGAAACAAGCUGCUGCUUGA